AUGGCGGCGCACACACCGAAAGGAGUAUGUGCAGCCGGCGAGGGGAACGUCAUGGCUCCGAGGACAAGAGGCGGCCACCAUGAACAGAAAACGGCCACGGCAUGCGCUCGGCGGGGCUCGAGGGCCACCGCCCGAGAUAGUGGCUCGGCCCCGCAGCAGGAGGGCGCGCGCGGCGUGGGGCUUUCGGCCGCCACGGCCGGCGGCCACCGCCCGGCCAACCACGGCCAGAGGAGAGCGCGCGCGGCGUGGGGCUUUUGGCCGCCAAGGCCGGCGGCUACCGCCCGGCCAACCACGGCCAAAGGAGAGCGCGUAGGGCGAAAGAGGCCGAGGCGAGCAGGCAAGAAGGGCGAGCGCGAGAUGCGCGGCCGCUCUCGUUGCCGACGCCGGCGACCGGAGCUGCGGCUCAUCUCGCGAACGGGGUGGGUGACAUGCUCGCAAAGUAUGUCAUUUUUCAUUGUUGACGGACGGACGGAUGCAGAUUUUGAGGGCCCAAUCGAGUCGCUUGGCCGGCCUUGGAGGAUCUUCGUCGAUCCUGAUGCUGUUCGCGAGGUCUUGGACUUCGCAGAAGAUUUUCACUGGGAAAUGGAGCGACGUGACAGAGAAGCGAUACUGCAAGGGCAGCAUUACGCUGAAAGUGAUGGCUGCAGCACCUCUUGCAAUGUGCUUCUAUUCGACCAGCCUUGCUCCAGCGACAAAGUCAAAUACCAACGUGGAGAAAACGACAUGUUACUGGAAAAAUUUGUUGAGCUGAGUGGCACUGUGAAGAACUUGAAUUCUCAAACAGACUCUUUAUUCCUAGAUGAUCGAGUAAACCAGUUGAUUAAACAGUGUCCGCGUUCAGACGUCAUUUAUCUUGUUGGUGGUCUGGAUGACAUAUCUUGUCCAUCGUCGCUAGGUUUCUCGUGCUUUUCACCCUCCCUGGACAUACUAAUCCCUGUGAAAUCAAUGCCUGAUGAAAGGCUUUUUAACGCUACUGUUGCCUUAGACAACAGAAUAUUUGUUCUGGGCGGUGCUGAUCAUCCUUAUGCAAGCUGCAUUGAUACAGGUGCUGCUAGUUUUUAUGUUUACCUUCCCAAAAGCUCUCUGGUUGCCGUUUCUGCCCUAAUAUAUGCUUUUAAUCUUUAUCUUGAAGUUUGCUGUUAUGACACAACCUGUGAUGAUUGGACCCUAUGCCCUCCAAUGACCUGUGAAAAGGCAAACCUUGCCGGAGUUAGCUUGUGUGGGAAAAUUUAUGCAUUUGGUGGUGGAGAUGGUUCUGAAUCUUUUCUUGACGUUGAGGUGUUUGAUCCUGCAUAUGGGAAGUGGAUAAAGAAUCAGCCUAUGCUGAAAAAGCGCUCUGCUCUAGCUGGUGUUGAACUCAAUGGUGCGAUUUAUGCAGUUGGUGGCUAUUCUCCUAUUGGAAAUUUGAGCUGCGCUGAGAGACUUGAUCCUAGGGAACCUUACUGGAAAAUGCUCCCAGGGAUGAGUAUGCAAAGAAGCUUCCAUACACUGGCAGUUCUUGAUGAAAAGAUAUACUCGAUUGGUGGUUACAAUCCUGAGGCUGGAGCAGGGGUGGCCACGGUUGAGCUGUACGACCCAAGGAUGCCAUCAUGGGUGGCAGUCGAACCGAUGAAAUAUCCCAAAGCGUGUCAUUCUUCAGCCGUAGAGUGCUACAGUGAAGGGCGUGGUUGGGUGAAUACAGCGAUCAAGUCAAUCGGCAGGAGAAGCCAUUGUUCUGCCAUUGCCUACUGA